CAUGUGAUGCCCCUCACAUUCCGGAGCGGGCGGGCGGGCGCGCCUGGCGUGAGCUGUGUGGCCGCACGUGAGGGCGGGCAGACCCGCGAGCGCUGGGAUAGGAGUUGCCAGGGAAACGGCGCGGGCGAGCGGCCUCUCGGCGUUCAGUGGGCGCCCGCUGCUUCCACUGCUGGCAUUGGGCAAACCCCGCAAGAGGGGCGUUAUCAGCACCCCUCCUCCCCAACACACACACUUCACUACAUUUUCGCCCAGAGACAACCUCAUCAAACUAUUAAGCCGGCUGAACUCCGGAGAAGAGGAAACCUCGUCUGAAUAUCUCGACUCUUUCGUAGCUCGUCCACGCAGUAAAUUGUACAAAAGUCAGAGCAAUUCAAUAGAAGGCCCCACCUCCUCUCAGCUUAACCCGGUCUGUGAAAGGAUUUCUGUGUCUCAGGAAGGCACUGGUGCGAGAUUUACACGCAAAACAUUGGGGAAUGGCUGUUAAUGUGUAUUCGACAUCAGUAACCAGUGAGAAUAUGAGCCGGCAUGACAUCAUGGCCUGGAUUAAUGAUACUGUGUGUUUAAACUACACAAAGAUUGAGCAGCUUUGCUCAGGUGCAGCAUACUGCCAGUUCAUGGAUAUGUUGUUCUCUGGUUGUAUUAGUUUGAAGAAAGUAAAAUUUCAGGCUAAGUUGGAGCACGAGUAUAUUCACAACUUCAAACUUCUACAAGCUUCUUUUAAAAGAAUGAAUGUAGAUAAAGUUAUUCCAGUAGAGCGAUUGGUUAAAGGUCGCUUUCAGGAUAACUUGGAAUUCAUCCAGUGGUUCAAGAAGUUCUUUGAUGCAAACUAUGAUGGUAAAGAGUACGAUCCAGUGCUUGCUCGACAAGGUCAAGAUGCUAUUCCUCCACCCAAUCCUGGUGAACAAAUUUUUAAUUUGCCAAAGAAAGCAGCAAGUUCACCAAGUGCAGGUGCUGCUGCUCCAAAAAGCACUCCAUCUCCUAAAUCAGCGUCAACACCAUCUAGGCCAACUUCAGCUCAAGCUAGAAAGGCACCAGGAGCAAAAAGUGGUGGUGAUGCAGAAUCACACAUUGCACAAUUGAAUGAGCAGUCAUAUCGACAGAGCAGAGAAGCACGACUGAAUGAGAUGAUUUAUUUUGUACAGCUCUGUGAGGUGAGUUCAUUAAAACUCGCACUUGAAGGAGUUGAAAAGGAGAGGGACUUCUACUUUGGGAAACUGCGAGAAAUUGAACUCAUAUGCCAAGAACAUGGACAGGAGAAUAUCGACCUUGUUCAGCGACUCAUGGAUGUGCUAUAUGCUACUGAUGAGGGAAUUGCAGGGCCAGAUGACAGUCAGGUACAGGCUGAAGAACUGACUCAGGAACCGGAAGAAUAUUGACACCGCAAGCAUCUAUUUCUGAAUGAAGAGCACACUGAGGACUUCAUGGAAUGAAUUGCUUCAGUUUGAACAUUAGCGUUUUAUCCUCCAUUACUCUGCAUCAGCAAAGUACUGUAUUCCUUACCCAUUAUCUUACCAUCAUGCAUUUGCAGCAACUAUCUUUGUACAAGAAAAUGUGGUAAUUUGGGGCUAAAUUAACACUUUGCAUUAUGGCUGUGUUUAGGCAGAAAUAUGGUUUGACAACAUUGAUUUAAAAACUAGUAUCCACUGAAGUUUUAUGGAGUAGUUUCAGUGAUCAAAAAUGCAGUAUUACAUAUUCAUAUGCACCAUGUAUAUUUUUCACAAAACCUACAUGGAGAAACCCAUCACACAGACAUUUCUAUACAAAAUGUAGGUAAUAUCAGCCUAUUUAUAAGAAUACACCAUUGAAGGAAUGGGUUCUUAAAUCUGUAAAGAAAGUCUUAUUAAGCUGUAACUUGUUAUUGAAAAUUAUCCACAAUUUGUCGCAUGAUAGAGUAGGUUUGUUUUCAAGACGUAAAUUUCAGUUACUUUAUCUUCCUAAUUUAAUAAAUUAGAUGUAUGUUUAUAUUUGUGGUCUGUGUAUAAAAGUCUUCAUGAGAAACCUGUUGAUGCAGUGAUGCAUAUAAAACCACAUUCACCAGAAUCUCAACUAAAUAUCAUAAUAUACUGAUGGUCUUAUGGUCAUCACAAUUAGACAGCAAAAGAAAUGAGAAUAAUAGUAUGUGCGUGCAAUUUAGAUAUGAUCUUGUUGCAGCAUCAAUGCUAAAAAGACCUGAAUUUGAACGAGUCUUGACUCGUAGUAACACAUCAGCUUUCCCUUGAUGAGAUUCAGUAGACUGGGACUAGUUAUCUGUUAGAGAGACAUAAAAUUUGUGAGGAGUGAUUCUUCCUGCACUCGUUGGACUUGACUUUGUAUAUCAGCCAAGGAUUCAUGUUUAAAAGUUCUAUGGUGGUUUAUGUGGAACUUAUUGACUGAGGAAGAUGCGAAAGGCCACUAUAAAGCACUGUGCCUGCAAAUAGAAAUAACACAUGGGUGUAUUGUUGGCGUGGAUGGAGAAAUCAACCAGUAUUAGCAAAACCUGUUACAUAUGUACAUAAUGUACUUCUGUUUUGUUGAAAUUUAAUACAUAGGUUAUGUAUAACAAAAUGUGUUUCCAAAACUUAAUUUUGAUGGGUUUGUAAACCAUAAGUUUCUUUUGUCACAUUAAGCAGAAAAAUAAUUUAUUCUGCUUCCGGUUUACCUGCUUCAGUUGCAAAUUUGGAUAUGAAUGUACAAAUUGAAAACUGGAGCACGCCUUUGGCCCCUCAAACCUGCUCAAUAAUUUCAUUAGAUCAUGGGUUACUUAACUGUAACCCCAACUCUCACCACCUCCCAGUCACCUUUCACCCCUUGUUUUUCAAGAACCUAUCUACCUCUGUCUUAAAAAAUAUUCAAAGACUCUGCAUCCAUUGCUUUUUGGGAAAAGAGUUCCAAAACCUCCAUCCAAAGGAAAAAGUUAGCCUCAUUUGUUUUAAAUGGGUGAUUUCACUUUUUUUAACACCCUUCUCUCCCUCCACCCCCCCCCCCCCCCCAAAUUUUAAACAGUGACUUCCUAGUUUUAGAUUCCCCCAUCAAGUUGCCUCUCAUUCUUAAGUCCAGUGGAGAAAAGCUGAAUUUGUCCAACCUUUCCUCAUAACACAACCCACCCAUUACAGGUAUUAGCUAGGUAAAUCUUUUCUGAACUGCCUUCAAUGCAUUGAACUGCUUCCAACAUAUUUACAUCUUUAAGGAGAUCAAUACUGUACACCACUCCAGAUGUGGUCCUACCAAUGCCCUAUGUAAUUGAGGUGUACCCCCAGCAACAAACAAACAACCUUGUUAGCUUUCCUAAUUACUUGCUCUAAGACACUUCUGUAUCUUUCUUCUGUGAUCUCUCCAUUUAGAUAAUAUUUUUGUAUUUUUCCUGCCAAAAUGGACAAUUUCACAUUUUCCUACAAUAUAUUCCACUUGCUCGCCUAAUUAACCCAUUCAUAUAUCCCUUCUGUGAUCUCCUCUUGUCCUCUUUAAAAACUUUCUUUAUUUCUAUCUGUUUUUGUCAUGAGCAUAUUUGGGAACCAUAGCUUCAGUGUUUUCAUCCAAGUCAAUUCUAAAAGUUGUAAAAACAAUGUGGGUCCAGCACCAAAUCCUGUGGUACACCACUCAUUAGAUCUUGAACCUAUUAUUUUGGUACUUCAGCAUUCAGUACUUUGAGGGAAAAAAUAUAUUUGGCCCAUUAUCUUAUCACAGAAGGAGAACUACUUUGCAUUAUCUCACUGAAAUCUCAACAUCUAUUCACGGACCAAGUUUCAGAUUUCCAAUUCCCCUUUGUGUUUAGAAUUACUACUUGACAGGCCCUCAAAAGGACUAUUUCUAAUUAUAAGCUAUGUUGAUCUGUUCAGGACUCACCUGCCACAGAACAUGUUUCACUAUAGCCUAAAUUCCUCAAAAAAAAAAGCCUUUUAUCUUUGGUAUUAUUUGGGUAAAUCUACACGAGCUCUUUGCUCACCACCAAGGCUAAUAUAUCUGCAAUGUCCAGAAAUAAAUGCAAUAUUCAAUUUGUUCCAUUUGGAGCUUUUAUAUGUAACUUUGCUCUUUUGAAAUAAAGCUUAGUGUUCUAUUAGCUUUUCCCAAUUAUCUAUUAUGGCUCUCCCCUAGGUUUUGGUGAUUUUGGUACUUUGAUCCUGAAAGUCAGCUGCUCCACAGCACUUGCUUUUUGUCAGUUUUAAAAAAAACACAUCUGUGAAUCCUAAAAUUAUCAUAUCAUCUGGAAUUUUUGAACUCAAUCUGUUACUAUUCCUUUACAAUUUCUUGCUGCUUUUACUUCUAUUCCAUUCUAAUUUUCUAUCAUCAGCAAAUGUAGACAGUAGGUUCCAUGUUCCUCCAUUUUAGUUGCAUAUAAAUAGCUGUAAACCCCAUUACAGAUUCCUGAAAGAGAUUGAAGGUCACAUCCUGAUAAUUUAAGAAUAUACAUAUUAUCCCUUCUGGUUUUAUUUCUAAUCAGCACCAUCUCUACUGAUGUGAAUUGGUUAUUACCAAUUCAUGAUGUUUUUAUUAUGUCAGUUAUUUGUUUCCAUUUGGAAUUCCAUAAAUAUGUUUAGAGACGCUCAUUCUUUGGGUUAGGAAUAUUCUCAAACAAAAUUCAACUAGGUUUGUCAGACGAUGCUUACAUUUUACAAAUCUGUACUGCUUCCAUGUCUUUGAAAACAAAAAGCUGUUCCACGGUACAUUUUCACAGCAUAUGUUCCCUGUUUAAUUUGUAUGUUUUCUUCCACUAUAUAAAGAAAUUCAUUCAACAUUGUUUUCUUAAUCUUGAUUGCUGCCCUACACCCUUAAAUGAAACUCUUGCUGUGAACAUACUUAAAUCCUCAGACUUUUUUUGCAUACGGAGAAAAAAAUGAUUCUUUGCAAAGUUGCACUUAUUGGUUUAGUUAUCAAUUGAGGUGGGGGGGGGAUGAAUUUGAGGUAGUUUUAUGGUUCAUAUGCUAAGCAGGAGCCCUGAUUUGUUUCGAACUUUUAAAAUCUUUAUAGCCUACCCGAGGUGGUUAGUAUCACAUUUUAUUAGUGUAUAUAUGUUUAUUCUGACAUUGCCUGGUUGGAUAUUGUAACAAUGUUCUGUGUAAUACUUAAUAUAAAUAUUGGUUAGAAUACAUCAGGUUGCAUUAUUUUCACUGACUGAUAUGGCACCAUCAGAUUUCCAGCUUGCUCCUAAGUUACUUUGAAAGUCUCAGAUUAAUUUCUAAGUGAUCAUUUUUUUAAAAAUUGUAUUCUGCAAGUAAAAUCUUUGCAAUAAGAUGGACUUAUUUAAGCAAUGACAAAUUUAUGUCCAUGCAUUCAAAUCUGAAUUCAUAAUACAGGAUAAUUUUAAAGUAGUGUGGGUCCAUUUGUAUUUCAUUUUUUUCCCCUUGACUUGGCAUAGAGAUGUAGAGAAGUAUGAUAUUUGUAAAUGAAGGACCUGUUUCCGAAGUUUCUGUUUCAAAAUGUAUGAUAUUGGAAAUGCAACUUAUUUGGUUUUAAAAUCCUUGGUUUUAAUUCGGAAGGCACAGCAAAUUGAUAGAAACAUAUGUUCUACAUUCUUUAGCAUAAUUCAAAUUCACACUACUGCUACAGCCAGUAUUUCUGAUUUUUUUUGAAGUAACCCACCAUUUAUUUUAAACCAGGAGAAAAUCAUGCUAAGUUUUCAUUCUCAACAGCUGGUUGAAGAUUAUGGAUGUAAACCAACAGUACAUUAGAACUUGGUCCAUUGCAGAGUUGAAAGCUGAUUUGGAUUGACGUGAAGAGAAUCCUACUUCAAUUUGGUGAUCCUGAACAGCUUAAAGUAAUUGUUUUGGAGAAAAAAAUAGUGUUGUCUAUUAGAAUUUACUCCAGCUACUCAAUUAUUUUACCAUGCUGGUUAAUCUUGUUUAGUUAAAUUCAUAGUUUGACUGUGCAUUUAAAGUUUUGAUUUCAUAACGAAGAUUAGCCUUUGAAAGGUUGUUCUUUGUAUAUAUUGAUGUAUUCAAUAAUUGUCAUAAUAUAAAUAUUUUAUAUAUCUGGUUCUUUAGAGGGAGACAUUUCAGCAUAAAACUAUAUACCUGUAAUACAUCAGUAAUCUGUAACAUGCCUAAGAUUUAGUUUUGAUCCUACUAUAGCAGUUUCUGUAUUUGAAUUUAAAUCAAAAUGCUGGUGAGUAUGUCCAUGAAAUAGUCUGGAAUCACAAUUGGUCUUGUUUUUGGUCAGUGAUGCAAAAGGCAGUUUUUAAAGAUGUAUCAACAUUAUGAGCCCAAAGGAAAACCUUUCCCUUGGCACUACUUAGUCCAGACCUACUAGUUCAUCAUGCUAGUUAACCUCUCCUUGAUACUGUACUAAUGAAGCUGACAGGCAUUUUCUACUCUGCCACGAGUCCCUUAAAUUUGUGCAGCAUGCUUAGUGUGCAAGUCCCUCCCUGUUCAAACAUAUUCCAUUCUGCAGCAUUGUGUUCAAUAAACAAAAAUUCCUUUCCAUCUCUCAAAAUAAAACUGAUAUUAGAACUA